GGGGCAGAAAGGAGUCUGUAUAUUAUUCCCCAUUAGUCCAACACGAAGCUGGCUUGUCAGGGAAUCUGGCAAGCUUUGAAUUAUCUAACCAUGGGACCUUUUAUUGUUACAGGACUACUUAAAAUAUGCGAAGGAUGAGAUCUGAAGACUCGGCAUAUUUUGUCUGUUAGACAAGAAGGUAACAGGGCCGCCCUGUGAAGAACUUGCUCAGAAAACGAUGACGAUAUGGUGUGUGGCUUAGCUAAAAUAAACCAUAUCACUCAUGCACGAGAUGUGGGAUGGGUUCUUGGUGGACUUCCUGGUAUUUCUAGCCUUCAGUGAAAGAAAAGGAAGGGGAAAAUUGCCACACCACUCCCACUGGGGGUUUAGGGGAACUGAGUCCCAACAAAACCGCUAACUGUCAAUUUUUUAAAUAGUAAUACCGUCUAGGCUAACAUUUCACCACUGAGAUAUUAAUAUUACUGAGUGUCUUGUUCUAUCCUGCCGAGCCACUAGAGGAGGUGAAGUCCACUGCUGGGCCAGUUAUCUGGGAGAAGCCACAGUUGCAGCAGAGCCCAUAGUGGGAGCGUUGGGCGGAUCUGGACUGGGAGUGGUGGGAGGGUGAGAGAAACCCGGCAGGACUCGCACACUGUACGUUACCUACUGGCAAACAUCAGCCACUUACGCAGCGGCUGGGCUGGCACGUUACGGCGGAGGGACUGAGCCGUAUAUCUCCACUAACGUUACUCUGUGUGGACGACAAGAACUCAGCUGAAGAAGACAGGCUGAUAACGUACGCCGUUUUUUUUAACCUCUGCUGUUUCUUUUCAGGUGGUGGCUAGUGACGGGGUGCGGGCUAUGAUGGAGUCGGCCCUGACAGCCAGAGACCGGGUGGGCGUGCAGGACUUUGUCCUGCUGGAGAACUACACCAGUGAAGCCGCCUUCAUAGAGAACCUGCGCAAACGCUUCAAGGAGAACCUCAUCUAUACAUACAUUGGUUCAGUGCUGGUGUCAGUUAACCCAUACAGAGACCUGGAGAUCUACACCAAGAACCACAUGGAGCGAUACCGCGGAGUCAACUUCUAUGAGGUCUCUCCACACAUCUAUGCAGUGGCAGACAACUCAUACCGUUCCUUAAGGACAGAAAGGAAGGACCAGUGCAUCCUCAUCUCUGGGGAAAGCGGUGCUGGGAAGACAGAGGCAUCCAAGAAGAUUCUGCAGUACUAUGCUGUCACCUGUCCAGCCAGUGAGCGGGUGCAGACAGUCAAAGACCGCCUGCUGCAGUCCAACCCAGUGUUGGAGGCUUUUGGCAACGCCAAGACCUUACGUAAUGACAACUCGAGCCGCUUUGGCAAGUACAUGGACAUUCAGUUUGAUUUCAAGGGAGCCCCAGUGGGAGGCCACAUCAUUAACUACCUGCUGGAGAAAUCCCGCGUGGUCCACCAGAACCACGGGGAGCGGAACUUCCACAUUUUCUAUCAGCUGAUUGAGGGAGGGGAGGAGGACCUGCUGAGACGCCUGGGCCUGGAGAGGAACCCUCAGCAGUACCAAUACCUGGUAAAAGGUAACUGUCCCAAAGUGAGCUCCAUCAAUGAUCGUAACGAUUGGAAGGUGGUGAGGAAAGCUUUGACUGUGAUUGGCUUCAACGAGGAUGAGGUGGAGGAGCUGUUGAACAUAAUCGCCAGUGUGCUCCACCUGGGUAAUGUGCAGUACGGCGGGGAAGAAGGCAAUGCCUGCAUCACUUCUGACACACAGAUAAAGUAUCUGGCCAGGUUGUUGGGAGUGAAUGGAACAGUGCUGACAGAGGCACUCACACACAAGAAGAUAAUUGCCAAGGGAGAAGAGUUAAUGAGCCCACUGAACCUAGAGCAAGCAUCAUCAGCUCGGGAUGCUUUGUCCAAGGCAGUUUAUGGACGCACCUUCACCUGGCUGGUGAACAAGAUCAAUGCUUCACUGGCAUAUACGGAUGAGUCCUCUAAGAACUUUUCUGUCAUUGGCCUGCUGGACAUCUAUGGUUUUGAAGUCUUCCAGAACAACAGUUUUGAGCAGUUCUGUAUCAACUACUGCAACGAGAAGCUGCAGCAGCUCUUCAUCGAGCUCACCCUCAAGUCAGAGCAGGAGGAGUACGAGGCCGAAGGCAUCACGUGGGAGCCGGUGCAGUACUUCAACAACAAGAUCAUCUGUGACCUGGUGGAGGAAAAGUUCAAAGGCAUCAUCUCCAUUCUGGAUGAGGAGUGCCUGAGACCUGGAGACGCCAGUGAUUUCACCUUCCUGGAGAAGUUGGAGGACACUGUUGGAGGACACCCACACUUUGUCACUCACAAGCUGGCUGAUGCAAAGACUCGCAAGGUAAUGGGCCGUGACGAAUUCAGACUGCUGCACUAUGCUGGAGAGGUCAACUACAACGUCAACGGAUUUUUGGACAAGAACAAUGACCUGCUCUUCAGGAACUUAAAGGAGGUUAUGUGCAUGUCAGAGAACAAGAUCCUGACACAGUGUUUUGACAGAGAGGAGCUGAGUGACAAGAAGCGCCCAGACACAGCAGCCACCCAGUUCAAAGCCAGUCUGGCGAAACUCAUGGAGAUCCUCAUGUCGAAGGAGCCGUCGUACGUCCGCUGCAUCAAGCCAAAUGACUCCAAACAAGCAGUUCGAUUUGACGAGGUGUUGAUCCGCCACCAGGUCAAGUAUCUGGGGCUGAUGGAGAAUCUGAGAGUGAGAAGAGCUGGCUUUGCUUACAGACGGCGCUAUGAGGUCUUCCUCCAGAGGUACAAGUCCUUGUGUCCAGACACGUGGCCUAACUGGCAGGGGAAACUAGCUGAUGGAGUUGCCACACUGGUCAAACACCUGGGAUACAAGCCUGAGGAGUACAAACUGGGCAGAUCCAAAAUCUUCAUCCGGUUCCCAAAGACCUUGUUUGCCACCGAGGAUGCUCUGGAGACCAGGAAACACAGCCUUGCCACCAAGCUGCAGGCCGGAUGGAGAGGCUACAGCCAGAGGUCCAAAUACCAGAAACUCAGAACCUCAGCUAUUGCCAUCCAGGCAUGGUGGAGAGGGAUCCUGGCCAGGAGGAGGGCCCAGCGCAGGCGACAGGCUGCCAAUACCAUCCGCAGGUUCAUCAAGGGCUUCAUCUACCGCCACAAGGAGCGCUGUCCAGAGAACGAGUAUUUCCUGGAUUAUGUGCGUUACUCCUUCCUCAUGAUGCUGCGCAGGAACCUGCCCAAGAACGUAUUGGACAAGAGCUGGCCGACACCACCCGCUGCUCUCACAGAGGCAUCAGAGCAUUUGCGUAAGCUGUGCAUGCAGAACAUGGUGUGGAGCUACUGCAAGAAGAUCAGUCCUGAGUGGAAACUCCAGAUGGAGCAGAAGAUGACAGCCAGCGAGAUCUUCAAGGACAAGAAGGACAACUACCCACAGAGCGUGCCCAAACUGUUUGUCAGCACAAGGCUCAACGGAGAGGACAUUAACCCCAAGGCUCUACAGGCUCUGGGUAACGAGAAGAUGAAGUAUGCAGUGCCAGUCACCAAGUACGACAGAAAAGGCUACAAGGCUCGGCCCCGCCAGCUGCUGCUCACCUCUAACAGCGCUAUUAUCAUAGAGGAGUCCAAACUCAAGCAGCGCAUUGACUAUGGAGCUCUGAAAGGUAUCUCAGUCAGCUCUCUCAGCGACGGCUUGUUUGUUCUGCAUGUGCCCAGUGACGACAACAAACAGAAGGGAGAUGUGGUUCUGCAGAGCGACCAUGUGAUCGAGACCCUGACCAAGAUUGCAAUCUGUGCUGACAAAAUAAACAGCAUCAACAUCAACCAGGGCAGUAUAAAGUUUACAGUGGGUCAGGGGAAAGAGGGGAUCAUAGACUUCACACCUGGAUCAGAACUACUGGUGGCCAAGGCUAAGAAUGGACACUUGUCUGUGACGGCUCCCAGACUGAACUCCAGAUGAUGGCCACUGUGAUACACAUAACAGCAGGACCUAAGUGCUCCUGACCUCUCCCAUCCUCCAAUCACAUGACCACAGACCCCACUCUGCCUAAGCCAAUCAGACACCUGUUGUCACUGCACUAGUGGCACGUGCUUCCAAUUGAAAAAAAGCAAAAAAAAAAAAAAAACAACAAAUAAAAAUCCAGCAAAACUAAUUGAUAUAUUUAUGUUUAUAUGUUAUAUUUUUGGGAUUAAUACUGUUGCUGUUUGAAUAUUCUGAUUUUAUAUAUGAGGCCAAGGAAUAACAAAUAUUUUGGUGCAUUUUUCUUGCACCAUGUGUGUUUAUUGUGCUUUAUUUGGGAAUAUGACCAAGAAAAAAUGAGGGAAGAGUCAGGAUAAGAAACCACAAUGAGAAGAAGGGGACUGUUGUUGAUGAAAAUCAGGGUUUGUUUUCACCUGCCGCCUUUUUUUCCCCUGUUUACUGUUUCUGCUUGACUUAUAGGCUUGAUUGUCUCUCUGACACUGCUGUUCUAACUGGGGUGGCUGGCGUGUUACUGAAGCAUAAAGGUGUAUAGACCAAGGCUGGCAGUAUGUAGGAUAGCUGAUGAGAGGUUCAGGGAUGAGGAAGAAUAACUUCUGGUAGUGUCAGACUGUAGGUUACGAAAUCAGAAUAAAUAGUUCAUUGUACAACUGAUUAUAUUUCAGAAAUUUGUCUGCAGUGUAAAUGCUGCAAAAAGGAACAAAGUAUGUGAGAAGUGAAUGAGAAAAGACAAGAGACGGGUGAAUAGAAAGAUGGUAGAAGGCAGCAGUCAUUUGCCUCGACCCCAGAGGCUUGUGCCUUUCUCCUUGACUAAUUUAUUCACAAUACGUGAGUUGAGCUGUAUAUUGGCAACAUGACACUCAGCACAACAAUGAGUUGAGUUACUUGUAGACGGAAAGCAGUCGCCCUCUGAUGAACAUUGUUCCAGCGUCUUGUACAGCAGUCGUCCCUUGUUCAAAGCCAUGUACAUGCUCUGGCUUGGUUGAAGGCCCCAGCAUCCCUCCCUGUAGUUGGCUACGGUUCCUCCAUUUGUCCACAAUCUCCCCUUUGCAUUUGCUUCUCCAGCCUCCACCCUGACCCACCCACCCACCUACCUAUCUGUCUGUCUUAGAGAACUGGAGCUUCUGCGUUUCUAUGACUGAACUGGUCCGACGGCUACACCUGACUAGAGUUUAACAAACAUUUUUGAAACUGCUAAAAAAAAAAUAAUUUUAUUGACUUGAUAUCAAUUUAAUGUCUUUUUUUGUUACAAUUCUAUGUCUUACAAACAUGUAAAAUGUGAGAUUAAAAUUUGAAGCCAUGUUAAACUUGUGAUCUACUUCAAAUCUGGAUCUAGCUAAAAAGCGUGCGACAGAUCAAAAACAUUCUUGGUCUGCCUCAUGCUUUCUAGAUCAAAACUAUUAAUAGUUGUACAUUUUCUAGAUGACAACAUUUUUUGGGAAAUGAGUGUAAUCAUUGUCUUGUUGAGAGUUAGAUGAAAAGACUGAUGCCACUCUCAUGUCUGUUUGCUAAAUAUGAAACUGCAGCUAACGGCGCAGCUAGCUUACUUGAGUGGGAAACAGUUACGGUAGUUUGGUUCUGUCCACCCACACAUUUAGCUUUUUUACAUGACUUAAACAACGAAAAUAAUACUUGUUAAUUAGAGAGUUUCAGAUGUGCUGGAAGGCAAACUGUGCUACCCUGUUUCCCCAUUUCCGGUCCUCAUGCUAAGCCGAGCUAACCAUCUUCUGUGUGUAGCUCCGUAGUGAACACACAGAUAGGAAAGUUAUAUCAACCAUCUCAUCUAGUUCUCAGCAACAAAGCACAUUAGUGCAUUCCUCAAAUUGUCAAACAAUUGUCUUUUAAUAACAUAGAGUUCUUUCCAGAAUUGUACCCUUUUCAGGGUAGAGCGACUUCUAAAUGCAAUAGCAUCUAAAUUGACAUACAGCACUAUAAAUGUCAUGACAACAGUAAAAUAGUUAUGCAUUUUUGUAGAAGUAUCACACCACUUCAAGUAAACGGCCUCCUUUUGGCCAGUUCUACAGUAAAGAUCUUUCUCUCAACCUUACCAAAGACUGAUUAUUAUAGACUGAUGAUUGAAAACAUUUGAGAGGCACUCCAAAAUGUUUCCAAGAUUUUUUUGUUGUUGUUGUCCUAUUUUCCAAACCUCGCUCAAUGACAGAACUUUCCUCUACAUGGCUCUGGGUGGCGCAAGGCGGGUGCAAUAUACUGAUGCAGGACUGUGCGACUGCACUUGAAAUAUACUAGCCAAAGACCCUGUUGAUUUACAGUGAUUCUAUGUUGUAUGAUUUAAAUGAUAUUAUUUUGUUGGUUCUGAAUGUUAUGUUGUUUUUUCAGGUGGGAGAUCUAAAUGUACAGUUUGUGUUCCGUGUUAUAAAUGAGAGAUUCAAGCCAAGUGAGGUUUGAUGUGAAACAUUUUUGUGAGAAAAAGCUUCUAGCAUUGUUUGUUAAAAACACACAAUGUUGAUGUGCCUUGUUGGAUAGCAAUACAACAGAUUUGUGUGGGACUAUAAGAGAAAUACCUCCUUAACAGAGUCCAGUUUUUCUAAAAGUUUCCCAGCAGCACCUAAAGGUCUCCUUCCUCUGUGUGUAUAAGCUUUAUUCAACCCAAAUCCUAGAUUUUAUCUGUUGAUUUACAGAUGCACUCCUGUUAUCAGUCCUGACUUACUGUAUGCACAACACCAAUGUAUAAUUAUGCCAAUACACUAAAAGAUAAGAUACUAAAGAUUUGAAAAAUAAAUUUAAAAAGCAAAUGCAAGUUGA